CUGGAGUCCAAGGAGAACUACAUUUCCCAGGAGGCAACGGGUGCCUACCAUGUUUCUCCCGUGCUCCUCUCGGCCAGCCGCCCGCCACGCUGUCGGCGCUAUAGCAACGGUAGCUAGCUGCAGGGCCAGUGGAGCGCUAGGCCAUGUCUGGUCCAACUGAUGAGACUGCAGGAGACUUGCCUGUGAAAGAUACAGGUCUAAACCUCUUUGGAAUGGGAGGGUUACAAGAAGCUUCAACAACACGGACAAUGAAGUCUCGCCAGGCAGUGUCACGUGUCAGUCGUGAGGAACUGGAAGACAGAUUUUUGCGUUUGCAUGAUGAGAACAUUUUACUUAAACAGCAUGCCCGCAAGCAAGAGGAUAAAAUUAAAAGAAUGGCCACCAAGUUAAUACGGCUAGUUAAUGACAAGAAAAGAUAUGAGCGGGUUGGUGGCGGCCCCAAGCGGCUGGGAAGAGAUGUGGAAAUGGAAGAAAUGAUGGAGCAGCUGCAAGAGAAAGUUCAUGAGCUUGAAAGACAAAAUGAAGCCCUCAAAAACAGACUGAUUUCAGCCAAACAGCAACUUCAAACCCAGGGUUACAGGCAAACUCCAUACAAUAAUGUACAAUCUCGUAUUAACACUGGGCGUAGAAAAGCAAAUGAAAAUGCAGGCUUACAGGAAUGCCCCAGGAAAGGUAUAAGAUUCCAAGAUGUAGAUGUAGCAGAAACUCUACAUCCCAUGUUUACAAAAUAUGACAACACUUUACUUGAAGAAGCCAGAGGAGAAAUAAGAAAUUUGGAAAAUGUUAUUCAGUCACAAAGAGACCAGAUAGAGGAGUUAGAGCACUUGGCUGAGAUCCUGAAAACUCAGUUGAGGAGAAAAGAAAAUGAAAUAGAGUUAUCUCUUCUUCAGCUGCGAGAACAGCAAGCUACAGAUCAAAGGUCAAAUAUUCGGGACAAUGUAGAAAUGAUUAAGCUUCAUAAACAGCUAGUGGAGAAAAGCAAUGCUCUUUCAGCAAUGGAAGGAAAAUUUAUUCAGCUUCAAGAGAAGCAAAGAACUCUCAGAAUCAGCCACGAUGCUUUGAUGGCGAAUGGGGAUGAGUUAAACAUGCAACUUAAAGAGCAGCGUUUAAAAUGCUGCAGUCUUGAGAAACAGUUACAUUCUAUGAAGUUUUCUGAAAGAAGAAUAGAAGAGCUGCAGGAUAGAAUUAAUGAUUUAGAAAAGGAACGGGAACUAUUAAAGGAAAACUAUGAUAAACUUUAUGACAGUGCCUUCAGUGCUGCCCAUGAAGAGCAAUGGAAGUUAAAGGAGCAGCAGCUGAAAGUACAGAUUGCUCAGCUCGAGACUGCCUUGAAGUCUGACUUAACAGACAAAAGUGAAAUCCUUGACAGAUUAAAAACUGAAAGAGAUCAAAAUGAAAAACUUGUUCAAGAGAAUAGAGAACUACAGUUACAGUAUCUGGAACAAAAGCAACAACUUGAUGAACUUAAAAAACGCAUGAAAUUGUACAACCAGGAGAAUGAUGUUAAUGCUGAUGAAUUGAGUGAAGCUCUCCUACUUAUAAAGGCUCAAAAAGAACAAAAAAAUGGAGACCUUUCCUUUUUAGUGAAAGUAGAUAGUGAAAUUAAUAAAGAUCUAGAACGCUCUAUGAGAGAGCUGCAAGCAACUCAUGCAGAAACGGUGCAAGAGCUGGAAAAGACAAGAAACAUGCUAAUUAUGCAACACAAAAUUAAUAAAGAUUAUCAGAUAGAGGUUGAGGCAGUGACCCAUAAGAUGGAAAAUUUGCAGCAAGACUAUGAACUCAAAGUGGAACAAUAUGGUCAUCUUCUUGAUAUCAGGGCUGCACGUAUCCAGAAACUCGAAGCCCAAUUAAAGGAUAUUGCCUAUGGCACCAAGCAGUACAAAUUUAAACCAGAAAUCAUGCCAGAUGACUCUGUUGAUGAAUUUGAUGAAACCAUCUGCUUAGAACGAGGCGAAAAUCUAUUUGAAAUCCAUAUCAACAAAGUAACCUUUUCUUCUGAAGUUUUACAGGCAUCUGGAGAUAAAGAGCCUGUCACUUUCUGUACCUAUGCUUUCUAUGAUUUUGAACUACAGACAACUCCCAUAGUGCGAGGCCUUCAUCCUGAAUAUAACUUCACUUCUCAAUAUCUUGUUCAUGUUAAUGACUUAUUUUUGCAAUAUAUUCAGAAGAAUACUAUCACCCUUGAGGUCCACCAAGCUUAUGGCACAGAAUAUGAAACAAUUGCAGCAUGUCAAUUAAAAUUUUACGAAAUGCUUGAAAAAAGCGGCCGAAUAUUUUGUACAGCAAGUUUGGUUGGAACAAAAGGAGACAUCCCAGAUUUUGGUACAGUGGAAUACUGGUUCCGAUUAAGAGUUCCCAUGGAUCAAGCUAUUCGACUUUAUCGAGAAAGGGCAAAGGCUUUGGGAUAUAUAACAUCAAAUUUUAAGGGGCCAGAGCAUAUGCAGUCGUUAAGUCAGCAAGCACCCAAAACUGCUCAACUCAGUUCUACAGAUUCCACAGAUGGCAACUUAAAUGAACUUCACAUUACAAUAAGAUGUUGCAACCACCUGCAGUCCCGAGCAAGCCACCUGCAGCCACACCCAUAUGUUGUGUACAAGUUUUUUGAUUUUGCAGACCAUGAUACGGCCAUCAUUCCCAGUAGCAAUGAUCCACAGUUUGAUGAUCAUAUGUGUUUCCCAGUGCCAAUGAAUAUGGAUUUGGAUCGAUACCUUAAGUCAGAGUCUCUGAGUUUUUAUGUUUUUGAUGAUAGUGAUACCCAGGAGAAUAUUUACAUAGGAAAAGUCAAUGUGCCUCUGAUUUCGUUGGCACAUGACAGGUGUAUCUCAGGAAUAUUUGAGUUAACAGACCAUCAAAAGCAUCCUGCUGGCACCAUCCAUGUUAUAUUGAAAUGGAAAUUUGCUUACCUUCCACCAAGUGGAUCAAUAACAACUGAAGACUUAGGAAAUUUCAUUCGCAGAGAAGAGCCAGAAGUUGUUCAAAGACUUCCUCCAGCAUCCUCUGUUAGUACACUAGUUGUAGCACCAAGACCUAAACCAAGACAACGUUUAACACCUGUAGAUAAAAAGGUAUCUUUCGUGGAUAUCAUGCCACGUCAGAGUGAUGAGACUUCUCCUUCUUCUGAAGAUAUGAAGGAAAUUUCACCAGAGGUAGAGCAUACACCAGAAAUAGAAAUUAAUAUGCCAACUGUUCCACAUGUUCCCAAGGUUUCACAAGAAAGCAGUGUAGAUGAGGUAAAAGAAAAUACUGAGAAAAUGCAGCAAGGAAAAGAUGAUGUGUCUUUACUAUCUGAAGGUCAGCUUGCAGAACAAAGCUUGACAUCUUCUGAAGAUGAAACAGAAAUAAUAGAGGACUUGGAACCAGAAGUUGAAGAGGACAUGUCAGCUUCUGACAGUGAUGACUGUAUUAUUCCAGGUCCUAUCUCCAAGAAUAUCAAACAGCCAUCAGAAAAAAUUCGGAUUGAGAUCAUAGCUCUAAGCCUUAAUGAUUCUCAAGUAACCAUGGAUGACACUAUCCAACGGCUGUUCGUUGAGUGUCGAUUCUACAGUCUUCCUGCUGAAGAGACACCCGUGUCACUUCCAAAACCCAAGAGUGGGCAGUGGGUCUACUAUAACUAUAGCAGUGUGAUCUACGUGGAUAAAGAAAACAACCAAGCAAAGAGAGACAUCUUAAAAGCUAUACUACAAAAACAAGAGAUGCCUAAUAGAAGCAUUCGCUUCACUGUGGUCAGUGACCCUCCAGAGGAUGAGCAGGACCUGGAGUGUGAGGACAUUGGCGUGGCUCACAUUGACCUUGCCAACAUGUUUCAGGAAGGGAGGGACCUCAUUGAGCAAAACAUCGAUGUUUUUGAUGCACGAGCAGAUGAUAAAGGUAUUGGCAAGCUCAGGAUAACAGUCGAAGCUCUCCAUGCCCUCCGGUCUGUCUACGAGCAAUACAGAGAUGACUUGGAGGCUUGAAAGCAACUGCUCCAGAAGCAUCUCCUACUCCUGAGUAAAUGCUCAUGUGAAGGCUCCUACAUGAGAUUUUUGUAAUUACUCUGGUGUAUAUAAUCUAUAAUUCAUGGGAAGCUGGGAGUGGGGAGACCUGGGUUUGAAGUGUUGAAGUUUUGUAUACUUUUUCAUUUGUUUAUUUCUCUACUCCCUCUUUCUCAUAACUGCCAACCCUCAGGACUUAAGUUCUCCAUAAUGGGCAGUACCUUCUCAAUAAUGUAUACCUACAUGAUAGCAUGAGAAAGUCUAUUUGCAAAUCUUCCUAACAUUUUCUUAGGAAGAACUGAAAUGUAAUUCCCAUUUUUAUUUUUAAUAAGCAAAAGCAUAAAUCUUAGAAAACCUAUGAAAAAGAAGUACUUUUAUGUUAUCCCUAAUUGUCCCACUAAAUGGAAUGCCUAUGACUAGCCUCAUUAAGAGUUUUAUACUGUGAAGAUUUUAUUAGAAGCAAUAUAUGAAAAUUACUUGGAUUAAUGUGUUAAUCUUCCUCUUUAAAAUGCUAAUAUCCAUUUUAUGCACAUUAAAGCUCAGUAUGCAUUUUCUUUGAUGCGUGCAGUUUCUAUCAAUUAAAUAUAAAGAAUGAAACUUAGCACCAACUUA